UAUCAUUUGUAUGUCAUGGGCUGUGGCCUUAACAUCACCAUCACGCGAUUGCUUUCUACUCAUUGGCUACUGGUCUCCUCCUCCCUGGAAAGACACACAAACCAAUCAGUAGAUCAUUUGGAUGAGUGGGUGGCGGUAGUAGCGGUGCCGUCUGCGCGUUUGCAUCAUUGUGCCACGCAUCAGCGGGUGUCGUUGACGGACCGCGAUAAGUGGGAGUGGGAGCUCGGAGGGGCGACGGUGCACAUGAACGCUCAGUCGGAUAACUUGCUCAUCGUGGGACCACCUGGGAGCACGUCGUCACAGAACAUCAUGUCCAGCAGUUUAACGAUGGAUCACGCCUUCCUAGCUCGGUCCAUGUGGCCGGGUGACGGAAAAUUCGUGCAGCAUCCCGCCGAGCUUCACACCAGCGUGGUGGUGACGCGCAGCAUCCCCGCGGGGACCAGCUUCGGUCCGUGUGUGCUCCAUCACACUUUUUACGACACCGUCGCUUUCAUUGCUCAGAAAUCCAGCGAUAGAAGAUCCAAACCCUGCGUGUUCAGGGUGGACCCAGAGGCCAUGCGUAAUUCCGCGUUGGCGCUGUCUUGGCUGCGGCUGGUGCAGGCUGCGCGCAACGGAGAGGAGCAGAACACGGAGGCCUUUUUGAAAGGAGGUCAGCUCUACGUGCGGACCACCAGGGACGUCCACCAGGAGGAGGAACUGCUGGUGUGGUACGACCGGGAGCUAUGUCACCUUCUGGGCUUCGCAGAAACAUGCAGAGGCUCGGGUGAAGAGUUCAAAUGUAUCAGGUGCGAGCAGGUAUUCAAGAAUGAAUAUCCCUUCCUGGCUCAUUGCCGUUUCUUUUGCCCGCAAAUCUCAAGCGACACGUGGAGUCGUGAUGUUCACGUUCACAAGCACGCGGAAGUCAAGAGGCAGCGGCGUGUCACAGACUUCCAUAACAUUGCCAGAGAUUUGGAACACAAGAAAAGCGACGCCGAUGAUGAUUUUCCCUACGGGAAUAAACGGAAAUACCAGGAAACCGUUUACUUCAAAGGGAGGAAAACAGUCUUGUUGGAAAAAAAUAAUAUUUCAAAUGAUGAUAACAUUACCCAACUGGACAAGAUCCAGGAUGAGGCUGGAGGAGAUGCACCUGACUCACCCUUGAAGAUAAAAGCUGACACAACCAAAGUAGAUCAUUUGGGAUGUAAAAAUGCAACUUUUGGAGAGGAGACAGAAGCCAAAUUGACGAUUACGCGUGACAGGUUGACGGACUCGGAGUCGAAUACAGGAGAGAGCUCCGGUUUACGCUCCAGCACUGGUAGCGCUUUUUCUUUAGUCCACUCCGGUAAUCGAGAACAGAGAAGCGCUUUUUGUAAACCCAGUAAAAGGAUCUCUGCGGGGGAACUACAUAAAGGUAGCCCAACAAUGGUACUUUCAGCCAACCCGGAGGAGAUGAAAGAGACCUUCCCGCCCAGGAGUGUUUCAGGAUACACUAACCUGAUGGCUCCUAGCAUCCUUAGCAGUGAUGUUCACACGUUGCUUUCUCCCAUCACGCUAAACGCCCCCUUCCAUUACGCAUCAGACCACUGGUCAAGAACUGCUCGGGUCCAGUCCAACUCGGCUCUGACAGUCCUCCCACCCACCUUCACGUCCUUUGGUGUGUCGGUGCAAAACUGGUGCGCCAAGUGCAACCUGUCUUUCCGCAUGACGUCUGACCUCGUCUUCCACAUGCGCUCCCACCACAAGAAGGAGUUCGCCGCAGAGUCCCAAGUGAGGAGGAGGCGGGAGGAGAAGCUCACUUGCCCUAUCUGUCACGAGUACUUCAGAGAACGACACCACCUGUCCAGACACAUGACGUCACACAACUGAGACUUAACCUGCCAGAAGAAUGAUGUAUUUAUUCUUUAAUUGAGGUUUCGCUAUUUAAUAGGUUUAGAAUCCAGGAUUCGCAAUGAGACUUUGACGUUUAACAGUGAAUGUAGAUAGCUGUAAUAAAAUAGCAUAUGGCCAAUACAGCCUUGUCCGCUAGGGGGCGGCAGAGGUACAUGGACGCUGACCUCCAGGGCGCUCGUCUGUCCUUCAGGCCUGUGUGUUUAUCGUCUGAUGAUGACUUGGUGCCUUAAGGAGCUCAGGAUGGAAAAUAGAUGGGAGGUGUGGAGGUCAGCUCACGAUUGUCACGCAUAUCUCGAAACGGUCCUUAUUAUUUAUCCUUAUGCUUUUUACAUGCAAAUGUGUGUUUGCACCUUUACAAAUCUAAACAUGUCCACAAGAAAAAAUGUGUUGAGUGUUUUUUCCCCCCUAAAUCUUAGUUUGGGUUUUGAACAAUAAAUAAUUUAUCGUAUCAUAAAGAACAACAAUAGGAGGAAUUGAUUAAAAUUAUUGACUCUAUUCCGAACUAACAUCACUUUCAUUGUUCUGUCACAAUAAUAGGCACUCUAAUACAGAUCUGACACCAGUUGUGUAUUCAAAUACUGGCUGCGGCCUUCCUGUGUGGAGUUUGCAGAUUCUCUCUGUGCUUGUGCGUGUUUUCUUCAGGAUCUCCAUCUUCCUCCCGCAUGCAUGUUAAGUUAAUUGAGAAUUUUAAACGGUUCGUAGGUCCAAAUAUGUGUGUGCUCUUAGAGGAGCAAAAAUACUGAAAACAUCUCUGUGUGAUGCAGUACAUUACAACUGUAAAUUGUAUACUUCUCUGUGAGUGUCAUUCAGACUCAGAACAUACUGUUAUCUUUUUAAGUGUAGAUUUUUACUUUUUAGCGCUUCAUUGAAACCCUUAUGAUAUAUUGCGUGGUGUUUGUUAUCAUAUGAUGCCAUAAUUGUCGCACAAAAUAGUAUGAAAACAUGAGCUGAACUCGGACAACGCUGAAACACUCCAGUUUUCCGGCCUUAGCUUAGACCACCUUCUCCAUACAAUAUGUCGGUGUCGUUCAUCUGCAUAGCGAAAUCAAAUCGACAUAAGCCUACAGUCAUUUCUUGAUCGGUUUUAUUCUUUUUUUUUUCCUCUUUAAAAAUGAACUUGGAGCAAGCUUAUGACAAGCGGACAUGAAUUGGUGCCUCUGUGGCAGGUAAAUGAGGCAUGAAGGAGGCCUGAGGUUGAAGGGAAAGGAAACUACCCCAGCCUCUUCUGUGUGUAUUUGAAUGUGCGAUGUAAAACACAGUGUGCAUGCUUGGCUUGGGCCUCACUGAUUUGUUGUACCACAACACUGGUAAAUUGAUUAACCAGUCAUGGGGUUCAUUGCCAUUUUUGUGAAGAUAGAAUUGUUCACAGAUGCUUUUAAUG